AUGCCGGGACACGGCUCCAUCCCGCUCGCUCCCGGCGCGCUCCCGGCACGUUCAAGCCUGAACAGGGCAGGAUCCCAAGGAGGGAGCGCCGAGGAGCGGAGCCCGCCCGGGGCGCUGCGCCCGCAGCCGCCGGCGCAAUGGGUGGGCAGCGGGGCCCGGCCGCGCCCCGCGGAGCCGCAGCCAAAGCUCCCGCAUCAAGGAGCGCUCCCGGGCCCCGCCCGGGCCCGGCGCUGCCGGGACGCGUCCGCCCGGCCCCGGCGCCGCUGCCGGCAGCGGGAGCGGCUGAACCGCGGCCCCGGCGCUGCGAGGGGCCGAGGGCGCUGCGCAGAGCAGGGCGGGCAGGGAGCCCCCGGGGGCGCUACAGAGGCCGGGGGGUUCCAUACGCACCCGGGGGGCUCCAUACACACCCGGGGGGGCUCUACACACACCCGGGGGGCUCCAUACACACCCGGGGGGCUCCGUACACAACCGGGGGGGCUCUAUACAGACCCAGGGUGGCUCUAUAGAGACCCGGGGAUGCUCCCGGAGCCCCUCAGAGGGAUCCUCCCACCGGGAAGGGAGGCCGCAGGCUGGAGGAUGCGGCGGGGCUGCCUGUGCCCGGCGCUGCCCGGCUCCUGCUGGGUCCCAGCGCCCGCUUUCCCCGGCGGGGCGCGCAGAGCCGAGUCCAGCCCCGGCUCCCGGCAGAUCCAGCUCUGGCAUUUCAUCCUGGAGCUGCUGCAGAAGGAGGAAUUCCGCCACGUCAUCGCCUGGCAGCAGGGCGAGGACGGGGAGUUUGUCAUCAAGGACCCUGACGAGGUGGCCCGGCUCUGGGGGCGCAGGAAGCGCAAACCCCAGAUGAACUACGACAAGCUGAGCCGGGCACUGAGGUACUACUACAACAAGCGCAUCCUGCACAAGACCAAGGGCAAACGCUUCACCUACAAGUUCAACUUCAGCCACCUCCUCUUCCUCAGCUGCCCGCUGUGGGAUACCCGAAGCCUGUGCCGGCCGCCUGGAAUGCCGAGCCAGUUGGUGCCAAACGUGCUGCUGAGCCGGCUGGGCUGGCGCUGGGGUCCCCAGCGCCCCGAUGUGCUGGAGAGGAGGGAGAGCACCACUGGGAGCAGAUACAGCUCCGUGUCCCCCCCAUACCUGGGGGGCUCCUGCUGCCGAUUUGGGGUCCCGGAGCUGCUGCCCUGCCUGGCUGCCUGCCCCCCCCCGCUGGGACCCCCAGCCUGGGCCCCCUUCCCCGCCUGCCCCCCAGCACCGCUGCUGCCCCCCAAGCCGGGGGUCCCCCCGUCCCUGCUCCUGCACCCCGGCUUCCCCCCUGCAAUGGGGCCGGAGCCCCCAUCCCGGCCAGGGCAGGAGGGCAAAGAGGAGGAAGGUGCCAUCGCUGGGGUGAAGCCGGAGCUCCGGGGGACCAGCAGCAGUGGGGUGCCCCCCACCUGACCCCCCCCAACCACCCCGGGGUGGGCUGUGCCUUGGGGCAGUGGGUGCAGCCACGACCCCCCACACCUUGUCCCCCCAUCCCCACCCUGGGACGUGGCCCCAUGGCUGACCCCCCCUGAGUUCUGGGGGGGCCCAGAUCAGCCUUUGCCCCCCAAUAAACCAGCGUGCAGAGGA